UUCACGAUGCUGUCAGUCAGUCCGGUAGGAACAGAAAGGGCGGGACUCUUAGCUGAGCCGUGGGUACGCUGCGGUGUCCAGAAAAUAGAUAAACAGUAUAUGCUAACCUAUGACUUACGCAACUAAGUUACAAACUCAUUCAACUAGAUACUGACACGCCAAACUGGCAAACAGAAGAUGUCGAAGAGGAGCCGCGCAUUUGCCCAGCAGCCCAUCACGAACAGCAGGCUAGUUAGCAACAUGAUGAUGGCCAGCUGAACAUUGUAGUGCCUUCAGCUCUGGUUAUUAUUGCGCUCACGGUUUAAUCUUCUCUUUUCCUGCUCUGAAUUGGUGCCUUUCAUGCAUCCUCUCCACAUGCACUCCUAGAAUUGUAGUUAUUUGACCGGAGCUGCUCAGUUUUAGGUGCUUGUGCGCCAGCAAGCUAAGCUAACAGCACAGGAUUGGUGCGCAUGGGCCAAACCCCUUUAACAUAUUAGCUCGCAGCUAACCAGUCGCUGGCUCUACAGGUUUGGACCAUAAAGUGUAGAGUUUUCUAGAAAGAUACGCGGUGCAGAUCGAGCAAGCAGAAUGUUAGUUUGCAGAAACCCACGGGUCUGUGAUCGAGACCUACAUUGACCCUUAACAACAACAGAAGCCCCGGUCUCUCUAUACAGGCUGCAAAAUGAGCACGUAGUGAACUGUGACAUUGAUCUGCGUUGUGCCUUUCAACGAUGUAGCUUUGCAACCCGCUUGCUUUUUUUGGGGCAUACUUCUAAGGACAAUAAAGAUGAACAAUCAAGCAAUCAUGUCACAAGAGAAGAUGGAGCUGGAUCUGGACAUCCCGUCGUCACUUGUUCAGAGCGAUGGGCACUUGAGACGAUCUAACAGCGAACCCAUGAUAAACGGCCUGAGUGAUGCUUCACAGGUGUUCCAGAGAGAGGUUCUCCGCAGCAGAAGAAACAGUACUACUGUUGUUCGACCCAGUGUGGUUCCAUCUUCGCCAGUACGUGUUCCUAGCACAAGACUGCAGAGGAUCAAACAGGAAGAGGGUGUAGAUGUGAUGAACCGUGAAACUGCUCAUGAACGAGAGGUGCAGGCAGCCAUGCAGAUGAGCCAGUCUUGGGAGGAGAGUCUUAGUCUGAGUGAUAAUGAUCUUGAGAAAUCUUCAUCGUCAUCUCCGAAGCGGAUUGAUUUUGUGCCUGUGUCUCCUGCUCCUUCGCCCACCAGAGGGAUCGGAAAGAAGCAGUGUUUCUCUCCCUCACUUCAAAUCCUGGUGACCAGUAACGGUCUGACGCCCAGCCCUGUUCCCAGCCCGACACGCCGCUUCAGUUGCCCAGCAGGAGGAGUCAGAGCCCGAUCAACUGCAUCAGGCCUGGUAUUCUGGGCCCUCUCAAACGCAAAAGUGAAAUGGAGACAGAAAGCCAGCCCAAGAGACUCUUUCAGGGAACCACCAACAUGCUGUCCACAGAGGUGUCUCACUUGCCUGAACUUAACAGCUGCAGUCUGUCUCCACCAGAUCUUCUGGAUGGGAGUCUCAGUAGCGUCGGCUCCUCCUCAGACUCUCCCGCCAAGAUGGAAGGAGUGUCGCCCUCCUCCAGUAACUGUUCCCUCACGCCCCUUCAGGACCUCUCCCCUAAGUGAUCCGCUGAGCAUCACGGACAUCAGAGGAGGAUUGGGCCGCUUCUCAGGCCCUUUUCCACUCAUUUACUUUUAUCCCAACAUAGCUUUUCUUUUUUUCCUGAAUUGUCCUGUUAUGUUACAUUUGAAGCGAGGCGGGAGAGUAUUCCGUGUGGGACAGACUCUAAGGGCAAGGAGAGACUGUGGAUGUUUUUUGCAUCAGCUGCUAUAAAUAGAUGUAAAACAUGGUGUAUGGAUCUGUAUCAAAGUGAACAAUGUCACAGAAGAGGACUUUGCUUUUUGUUUUGGUUCCCUUAUGGGACAGUUAUCUUUUUGAUAACGCUUUGAAAAGAAAACCGCUGUAAAAGGCAGAACAACUACAGGCACGUUCUUUGAUUUACAAUCUCAGCUUGCCGAACGGUAUAGUGUGUGAGAAUGUAACUUAUUUUUUUGCUUUUAUUUGUAUGUAAGUAUGUACAUAAGAUGCGUGCGGAGGCAAAGAGCUCGACCGGCAAACUGACAGCCGCCUCUUCUGGAGUUUUAUUAGCGGUGCAACUGCACUUUAAAGGAGCUGAAUUUCAUUUCUGAUUCUGCAUAUUUAGUUUUUCAGGAAUGGCCUUUUCUUUAUUUUCACGUAGGUGGAGGAAGGUGUUUUUUCAGAGCUUGGCACUUCAUUCUCUGUUAGAAUGAUAUUCAUGGUUUCUAUACACAACUACUGCAGAUGGGGUUUAUUAUUGCAGCUGGUGGUAACCACUAAAUCCUCGAUUUGAACACUACAGAGAAACUGAACUGCCUGUGUUGAUGUUUGUCAACCUAAAGACGUGCGUAAAGCCGUGUUGUCAUUUUCACAGCUUUCAGAGAAUGGAGCAAAACAUCCGGGCUAAGAUGAAUGAUGUCCAUUGUAUGUUUUUACUCCUCGCACAGUGACUUUGCCCUGUUUUUGAUAUUCAGGAAAGAUUUGGAGGAGAAUGCGCUCUACAGAGUUAAAAGGAUUUUCAGUGUUGUUUUUCAGAGGCUGUUAACACAGACACAUUUGGCAGGUUAAAAUGUGAGAUGCAGAAAAGUGCAAAGGAAUGAAAUCCUCCCAUCAGAAAUGUUAUUUGUGGAGUUAAAAUUUUUAAUGUAAUUUACUGAUACUGAAACGGUGUGCCAUUGAAUUUGUAUAUAAGAGAAAUGUACAACUGUUAUUGUAGGAGGUCUUUGUUUGGGGAUGUAGUUACUUUAGGAAAUAUUGUUUUCUUUUAUAAAAGGUUUUCUCGAUUUCAUUUAAAGAAAUUGAUUUAUUUCCUUAAGCAUGAUAUGAUGUAUCAUAAAUUUUUUUUUUUUUUUUUUUUUUUUUGGUGCAAGAAAGUGAUUGUAAAAUCCUGAUUUAAGUGAAUUGGAAAAAGUGAGGGUUUUUCACUUAAGAAAAGUGACACACUGCAGUGUAAAUCUUUUUCUGAAUGUCAAUGCAAACAAAAAUACAGUAAGUGGGUCGUGUGGAUCCAGAUUCUGUCCUGUAGUGAUGGGUGAAGUGGUUUGUUUUUUGUCCUGUGGACGUGUCGGAUUCUUUAUUUAAUGGUUUUACUCUGUCCUUUUGACUUGUACAGUACCUUUAAAGCCUGUGCACGUGAACUCUGAGGAGGACUGCGUGCUCUCAUGAGAACAUACAGUUGUGCUCUGCUCUCUCUGAACAAAUUUUGUUCCCAUCAUAUCGGAGACCCCCAGAUGUCAGAAAUAAAUUAUUUGUCCAGC